UUGGGGCAGACUUGCAAGACUCCGCACCGCGACCACAGAUGAAAGACCAAGGUCCAACUCCAGCAGUAGAGAGGCCAAAGAGGAAGCCCUGGGGUGUAGCUCUAGUGCGCCUUGUCGGGCCCGAACGAUUCAGUAGCUUGUCUAAAUUGUGUGGAACAAUCGCCUGGGUUCGAAGAGCGGCAGAAUCCUGGCUGAGGACAAGCUACCAAGCCUCGAGCUCAGCAAACUGGGAGGUGAGGGGGCCCAGGCUGUCUGUGGGAGAGAGAACAGCGGCUUUCCAAGACCUAGCCCUUGCAGCCCAAGACGGCGUGAACUUUCAGGAUACGACCUUAAACCGCCUUGUUGUGAUGAAAGAUGACAACAAUGGACUCUUACUUUGUGGUGGUAGAGUCCAGUCUUGGAAUGAAGACGGAACCGCUGUACCUUUAAUCCCGUUCCGGUCGUGGCUGGGGGCCUUGCUUGCGAGGGAAGCUCACGAAGCGAAUCAUGAAGGGGUGGCUGCCACACUGCUGCACACUAAAAGAAAGGCCUGGGUUGUGCAAGGUCGGAGGACAGUGAAGAAGGUGGUCAACAGGUGCAUCACUUGCAAAGAGCCCGGCUCUGCCAGCAAGUGAUGAGCGCUCUUCCUCAGGAACGUACCAGUAGAGCGAACCCAUUCGAGUAUACUACACUAGACCUCUUUGGACCCUUUGAAGUGAGGGACGCUGUUAAGAAAAGAACCAAGAAAAAGGUCUGGGGAGUCGUGUAUUGCUGCAUGACUUCCAGAGCCGUCCAUGCUGAUCUCAUCGACGACCAGUCUUCUGAGAGCUUUCUUCAGGCCUACUCCCGGUUCACUGCUCUAAGGGGGCAUUCCAAAAAGCUAUGGUCAGACAGAGGCACAAACUUCUUGGGAGCCAGGCCUGCUCUGAGAGAGCUACACAAGCACCUGGCAUGUUUGCAGAAGGGAUCCGUUGAAGACAAGGCUGCCAGAAAUGGCACAGAAUGGCAAUGGGACUUUCAUCCUGCAGACUCGCCACACAGGAAUGGAGCAGCAGAGGCAGCUGUCAAGCUCCUUAAAAGAGCUCUUAACAGUCUUGGCGGAACAACUGGCUGCAACACCUGGGGGGAGUUCCAGACCCUUCUCUACUCUGCAGCCAUCUUGACUAAUGAGCGACCCAUCGACGCCAGGGCACAGGAACAAGAGGACUCAGUGGAGUACUUGACCCCCAACUCCCUUAUCCUGGGGCGCACCGGACAGGGAGGUGACAUACACGGAAUCGACAUGGAAACCCGCUCUUGGCGCAGGCUGAGUGCUGUCCAGGCUGGAGUCGACAGGUUCUGGAAGAAAUGGAGCGAACUGGCAGGACCAAACUUGUUCAUACGACACAAGUGGCACCGAGCAGAGAGAAGUAUCAAGGUUGGAGACGUAGUCUGGAUUGCGGACCAGAACGCUCUGAGGGGGCAGUUCCGGCUCGGCCGGGUUGCUACAACAUAUCCAGAUGAGAAGGGGGUUGUCCGCGAUGCGGACAUAACAACCUGCAUGGGUCUUCCUGCUCCCAUGGUUCCCAGGGCCCGGAGAAAGGACUCUACCAUGCACACGAAAAUCGUCAUUCGCAGGGAUGUGAGGAGGUUGGUGAUCUUGAUUCCUGCUGAAGACCAAGAGGAGGUAAGAUAA